CAAGCACAAAUUAUUGUUCUGUUUUUCUUCAACAGAUUGCCGAAAAAAUUGGGUAAUUUUCAGUGAUAGUUUGUACCAGGUGUCUUCAGAGAAGAAAUCCUGGCAAGAAAGCAGACAAGACUGUCUUCAAAAAGGUGCACACCUGAUGAUUAUCAACAGCCGAGAGGAACAGAACUUUGUGAACCAGUUCAAGAAGAAUUUGUGGAUUGGAAUGACUGACUCAGAGAAAGAGGGGACAUGGAAAUGGGUGGAUGGGACUCGAACGAGCACAAGCUACUGGAAUCAGGAGUAUAAAGAGCCAAAUGGUGGCACACAGCAAAAUUGUGGAGAGAUAGAUAAUUACAAUGCAGAAGACAGCUGGAAUGAUGCACCAUGUUCCAAUACACAAUUCUGGAUAUGUGAGAAGAGAGUUUACUUGAACCAGUACGCCUCAUCUGUACUGGAUUACAUCUCCAAAACCACAGACAGUGUCACCACCCAGAAACGGAUUACCAUGUACCCCAACCAGAAGCGUUGGAUGAACUGGGAUGUUCGUCUCCUCCUGAAGGCCUGCAACAUUGCCUUUAGGUCAGGAGAUGCACAUGCCUACAAUUGCCAAGAAAAAUGGGUGGCCUUCAGUGAUAGUUUGUACCAAAUUUCUUCAGAGCAGAAAUCCUGGGAAGAAAGUAGACGAGACUGCCUUAAAAAAGGUUCAGACCUGAUGAUCAUCAACAGCCGAGAAGAACAGAACUUUGUGAACAAGUUUAAGAAGCAUUUGUGGAUUGGACUGACUGACUCAGAGACAGAGGGGACAUGGAGAUGGGUGGAUGGGACUCAAAUGUCUUCAACAAGCUACUGGAAUAGUGGGGAACCAAAUGGUGGCAGAAAUGAAAACUGUGGAGAGAUAAAAACUUACAACUCAGAAAACAGCUGGAACGAUGAAUCAUGUUCCAAUGCAAAAUUCUGGAUAUGUGAGAAGAGAGUUUCUCCAUAAUUUAACAUCCACGCCCAACAAAUACUGCAGAACACAGAGCCAUGAGAUCAACUUCUGAAAUGAAGCUGAACAGAAAGCAGUGGACACUUACAGCGAGUAAAAUAAGUCACCAAUUUUCUGAGUAAAUAUAUUUCUAAAGGUAUAAUUAACAUAAAAUUCUUGCCAUGUCAGUAACAAUCCAUCCAGUCCAUACAAGUCAUUAUUACAAGCAUGUAUAAUAAUGAAAAAUGACACGGAAAAAGUAUUGAACACAUGAAAAAGGUGCAAAAAGGCAUGGAGAGCUGUGACACCAGCUGAACUGUAUUAGUAAUAAGAAAGCAAUUCUGUCACUUAGGCAAAUUACUAUCAGCUGGUUCAGUCUCAACUGAUGGGCUAU